AUGGCCACGAAUGGCACCCAGGAGGCCUUUGCGCCUACGGACGUCCUUGGGGCUGUCAUGACGAUGCGAAGCGGGGAGCAGGAGGCGAAGAAGAAGGCGCACGAAUACCUGCAGAGGUUCCAGAAGUCGUCCAAGGCCGAGCCCGAGGCGACUCUCUUCGCGGCCAUUACACUGCGCGGCAAGAUCACCUAUGACCUCAUCACGCAGGUGCCCCCCAACGAGCUGCCAGCUCUCCGGAACCAGAUUCUUCUUCUGCUGAAGCACUACGCCGCCGGCCCCAAACCUAUCCGAGUCCAGCUGUGUGUGUGUCUGGCCAUUCUGGCCAUCCAGAUGAAGGACUGGGACGACGUGCUCCCCUCGGUUGUCCAGUCUCUUGGCGACAGCCCCGAGAGCCAUGCUUGCAUUCUCGACUUCUUACGAGUCCUCCCCGAAGAGGUGACUGAAGGUCGAAAAAUAACCUUGUCUGAAGAAGACCUUGCACUGCGGACGCAAGCAUUGCUGGCAGAUAACGCAGACCAGGUUGUGCAGCUCCUCAUCAACUACUCACAGUCUUCACCUGCCGCGUCCCAAAACCCGCUCCUCAUGGAGUGCAUCACAUCGUGGCUUCGCGAAGUCCCCGUCGCUGCCAUUGCCAACUCGCCGCUGCUGGACGCCAUUUUCCAUGGGGUUACAUCCGACGGGUGCAGCCAAGAGGCCGCAGAGUGUCUGAGCACAAUGCUCAGAGAGACGGGCGAUAUCGACGAAUCCCAAGCCAUUAUUCAGACGCUGUUUCCUCGAGUCGUCAGUCUGAGAUCGCGCAUCGCCACUCUCGUCGAGGAGGAGGAUACCGAAUCGCUAAAGUCCAUCACAAAGGUUCUGGCAACGGCGGCAGAGAGCUGGGUGGUUGCCAUUGCGCGUCAGCCGACCCAGUUCCGGCCGCUCGUCGACGCCGUCCUCGAAUGCGCCGCCCGCGACAAGGACCGAGAGGUUAUCGAGCACACGUUCAACUUUUGGUACGAGCUCAAGCAGUAUCUGGUGCUGGAACGAUACAUUCAGGGCAGGGUGGAGCUGGUGGACGUCUUCUCCAAGCUUGUCGACAUCCUUCUCUCACACCUGCAGUACCCGCGGCCCGAGUCUGGGAGCGAAACGGACCUGUUUGACGGAGACCGCGAGCAGGAGGAAAAGUUCCGCGAGUUCCGACACCAGAUGGGCGACACACUCAAGGACUGCUGCGAGGUCAUGGGCGUGACCGAGUGCCUCACCAAGGUGCUUCAUGCCAUCCAGGUGUGGACGCAAAAGUACGCCAGUCAGGUCACCGAGACGACGGUGCCGCACUGGCAGGAGCUCGAGGCUCCGCUGUUCGCCAUGCGCGCCCUCGGCCGCAUGGUGGACAAGGAGGAGGACAUUGUGCUGCCUCAGCUGAUGCCCCUUUUGGUGCAGAUGCCCAGCCACGAGAAGCUGCAGUUUGCGACCAUCAUGGUGCUCGGCCGUUACACGGAAUGGACGGCGGCGCAUCCCGAGUAUCUCGAGCCUCAGUUCAACUACAUUGUCCACUCGUUCCAGUCCGACUCUCGCGAAAUCAUCCGCGCGGCGGCCCUGUCGCUCAAGUUUUUCUGCACCGACUGCAAGCAUCUUCUCUCAGGCCAGGUGCUGCAGCUGCAGACAUUUUACGACCAGGUUCUGGACAAGCUGCCGGACAUUAGCAAGGAGGAGGUUACCGAGGGUGUUUCCAACGUUCUUGCUGUGCAGCCCGUUUCCGAGACGUAUCGGCUGCUCAAGACGUACUGCGACCCCCUGAUUCAGAGACUGAUGACAAAGGCAAACCAUGCGACCACAGACGACGGCAAACUGGCCGUAGCAGAUCAUCUUCAGCUCAUCACCAUCUUCGUGCAGAAUGUGAUGCCCCCCGUCAACCCUGGAGAGGAGAAUCCCGCCGUCAAGUACUGGCAGGAGGUCUUCCCGAUCCUGUCUACGGUCCUGGAGAACUUCCUUACCUUUUCCCCCAUCUGCGAGAGAGUGUGCAGGUGCUGGAGGAACAUGGUCAUCUCUUACCGUACCGCCAUCACUCCUUUGCUGGCUGAGAUGGCAAACAAACUGGCCAGCGGCUUCAACGCAUCUAGGGAGGGCUGCUUCCUGUGGGUCACAUCCGCCAUUCUGCGAGAGUUCUCCGAGGCACGAGAGCACGUGGAUCAGGCGACGACUGAAAACAUCUACACGUUCUUCGAGGCGCAGUUGACGACGUUCCUGAGAGUUAUGACUGAGCUUCAGCCCAAGGAGCUGCCAGACGUGAUUGACGACUUCUUCAGGCUGCUCAUCGACGCGCUUCUGUACUAUCCCCAGAAGCUCAUCCCCUCCCCGCUUCUGGCACCUAUUUUCGAGGCAUCCAUCUACGCCUUGACGCUGGAGCAGCGGGAUCCCCUCUGUUCCACGCUCCACUUCCUGCGGGAUCUGUUGUCAUAUGGUGGCGACAACCCGGCGAGCAGUGAGGGGCUGCCAGAGGCAACCGCGGCAGAGAUUAGGACGAUUAUUAAGAAUCUCCUCCUGAGCCACGGCGAGAACUUGGUGAAGCAAUGCAUGGCUGGCAUGAUGAUUACGUUCCCCAGGGACUGCUUUGCGGACGGCAGCGGCGUCCUGCUUAGCCUGUUUGAGCUUCUGCCCGUGGAGACGACAGAAUGGGUCGCGCGCACCAUCCAGCUGCUGCCUCAGGGCACCGUAUCCCCGGAAGAGGCAAACAGGCUUCUGUCCAAGAUCAAGGAGCGACUGGCGGCGAAUGAGGCGGGGGGCAUGCGGCACGUGAGGGUGCUGCUGCAAGAUUUCACAAACACAUAUCGGCGCCGUAACGUUGCGCCUCGAGACGGCCUCGGACAACUCGAGGCGGCCAGGUUCCAGUUUGCCGGCUGAGGUGGGUCGGGACAAGCUGCCGAGUGAGUGCAAAUAGAGUGAGAAGAUAAGACAUAAUGACAGCAACAGUGACAGAGGCGAAAAGAAGAAGAUUAUGAGUAAGUGGGUGGGCAUAGGUGCUUACAAUCCAUGCAAUCUCGAUCUAGGCGGGAGGGCGAUGAAGUACGAGGGCGCGAUUAGGCGUGUUGAGAGAGACAAGGCGCGCAGUUACUGGGAGAUUGUUUGUAAGAGAUUG